UGUUCGCUCCUCCUCGCGCCAUCAUGGAGGGUGCCGAGGGCCUGCGCUACGCCGAGUACGCCCGGGUCCCUACGGGCGCCGGCAAGGGCCAAGCCGAGCUGGACCGGGGACUGGCCAGGACUAUGAUAGCACUCGGACUUGGUGUUGCAACUGUUGCAUUUGCAGGUCGUUAUGCUUUCCGUGUUUGGAAACCAUUGGAGCAGGCAAUUACAGAAGCAGCAAAGAGGAUUUCAACUUCUACUCUUUCAUCAUACUAUAAGGGAGGAUUUGAACAGAAAAUGAGUAGGCGAGAAGCAAGUCUUAUUUUAGGUGUAAGUCCAUCUGCUGGCAAGGACAAAAUCAGAACAGCGCAUAGGAAAAUCAUGAUUUUGAAUCAUCCUGAUAAAGGUGGAUCACCUUACUUAGCAACCAAAAUAAACGAAGCAAAAGACUUGUUGGAAUCCAGUGCCAAAAACUGAAACCUGAAGCCUUGGGUCAUAGGAGAUUCAGCAGAUACAUUGUGCAAUAACUUUCAUGUCUGCUUCUUCUGCACAGUUUCUUAACAUUGAUUGUUCAUAUUUACUGUCAUAAUUAAAAUGUUAAGAUUAUUUAAAAGGAAACUGAAAUCUUUUACAGUUAUGUAAAGUUAUGUACAGUUAUGCCCCUGCAAGGAGCAGGGAGUUGGAAUGAUGAUCCUUACGGAUUCCUUCCAACUCAAGAUGUUCUAUGAUUCUGUCCCAAUUUUAGUGUAUUCUUACUGAAUUACAAUCCCUUACAAUCUUGGAAAAGUUCUUUUAACUGUGUUUUUUUCAGAAGUACUUUUUUGUUUCUUUUGUUAAAUUUUGGAUCUUUUAAAGUAAAAAUUUCAAAACAGUCUUUAAUAUAGGGUUUUUUCUUCAUUAGUAAAGAAACAACCCUAUCUUCAGGGUCACCAUAAAAUCUGUGACAGUGCAUUGAGUCACAGGACAUAUGACAGACCCUGUUUGGCAAGUUUUCAGCACCACCUUAUGCUUGAGUCUGUUCAUUUGUGAAGUAGUGGGGUUUGUUCAUGGGUACAGUUUGAGAGCUGCAGCUCAGGACAAAAUGACUGAUAGGACUGCAGACAGCAGCUUCCACUAGGUGUGUUUUUGGGGCUAGGAAGGAGGAUUCUUGGGUUUGGUUACUUCUUUUACAUAUUAAAGGAUCUCUGAAAUUAUCAAGUAAUUAUUUAGACAUGCUUUUAUUUCAAGUCACAGAGUAUGUUUAAUCUCUAGCAAUUGGGGUGAACGUGGGGUUUUCUGCAAGGGUUUUUGUGGCAGUGGGAUUGAAGAAGGUAGGUCCAUGUGGCAUGGUUUAGAUGGAUUUUCCAGGCUGCUGCUUGUCUAGGUUAGCCAAGUUGUAUGAGCCUGGUGCAGGACUGAUAAUAGCAGGGAACAAACAGGAGUACCUGCUUUGCACAUGGCUCCAGGAGCACUUCCUGGGUUAGUUCUUCAGUAAUGCUCACAUAUCUGCAUUAUGCUUCAUAUACCAGAGCAUACAUACCUCCCUCCUUAUGUAGCAUCCUAGCAAUCUAGUGCUGGCUUUGGGGAAUCCUGAAGUCAGGGAUCUCAGACUUCAGAGAGAGCAAGUUUUAAUUGACAGCUCAGGGUGGGUGCUUCUUGGGGCACUUGGCUGCUGCAGAUUGCUACCACUAAGUUGUCCACAGUUGAGUUAAAUCUCCUAAGCACAGACAGUCUAGUGCAUUCAGUACAAGACUGAAAAACCUCUAGUGUCUAUUCAAACUCUAUCAUUAGAGGUACAACCAACAGCUUACUGAAGUGCUACAAAUACAAAAUUUAGAUACUCCAUUUUCUAGGUUAUUUAGCCAGAGGUAAGAGGCUAAGAGCAGUUAAUAUGAGGUUGGAUGCUUUAAUUAUUUAUUCACCAGAACGUGCAUUUGUAGUUCAUCCAGUGAUGGAUGCUCAGAUUAUGUGGAUUUUUCCUUGAAAGGAGGAAAAAGUACAAAUUUUUUUAAUCAGGUUCCUCACACUUUGUCACAAUUCCCUUACUUUCAUUAAAGGGAGAUGAAAAAUUUUAAGUUGACCCUAAAAGAAAAGAAUAAUUCUAAGUACUUUAGAGACUGUGUUGCAAUUAUAGUGGCAAGACAUGGCACAAUUUCACUGGAAAAAGCAAAAAAGACUGCUGGGAGAAACCUGCCUGGGAAUAGCACAUGGUAUACAAGUACUACAAUUGCAUCAUGUAACUAGUGCUCUAAUACAAGAAUCUUGAAUGAACAUAGUUUAUUCCUAUGCAGUAGCUUUAAUUGGUUCCUGUUAAAAGAGUAGCCAUCAAUUAAUGGACAUUUAGGGUUAGUCAUUCUUUUCACUGGUGUAUCAGUCUGUAUUGGCAAAAAAAUAGAACCAUGACAGUUCUCAUGUUGGAAGGAGACAAGUGAAAUGGUGGUGUUCUAAUUUUCUGAAGUGGAAUCUGUAAGUGAUAUGAGUCAUUGUGCAAAAUCAAAAUUGAUGUGAAUGGUAGGUGGUAAAAACAUUCUACUUAAUGAUUUUGAACUGACUAGCUGUUGUUUUCAUAUAGCUACCUUAUUUUUCCUGGAUAAAAUGUGUUGCAGAGAGCUGUUCUAAAGUAUCAGUUAAAACAGAUGCAUUAAAGAUGGCUUUUUGCUCUGUUCUUAAAAAUGAGCUUCCCAUGUCUUUGUAAGAAGUAGAGGGUUUGUUAUUUUCUGUGAGAUUCUAUUGUUGAUAGUUUCCUUCCUGAUAAAAUUAUUUAUAUCUGAUUAUUUUGGAUGAAACACUUUUUUCUGUCUUUCAGUUAUGAGAGAGAUUGUCCUUAACAAAAAGAAAUAAAACUGAGUUCUGGUUGUGCUUUCUA